AUGCUAUGGAGGGUCCGCAGCCUUCACGCACGAAGGUUGCUCCAACCACGCCGACCGAUUCUUGUCGCCAUACGCCAUGAAUCCUCAGCUAAACUGCCACAAGACCCUACAACAAGACGCACAACACGCGCAACCGAUGACAAUCCCGACCGGUCCAAGGCCGGUAGCGACCAAGAAAAGCCCAUCGACGCCAGCUUCUCAGAUCUAGGCCGCGUGCUGCAGAACGACUACGCCAACUUUCGCGACCACUAUUCAACGCCACAGUAUCCCAUCGUCCUCGCCCACGGCCUUCUAGGGUUCGACGAACUCCGCCUACUCCCCGGCAACAUCCUACCAGGUAUCCACUACUGGCGCGGCAUCAAGCAAGCCUUCGAACAGAAUGGCAUCGAAUGCAUCACCACGACCGUCCCGCGAACAGGAACCAUCGAAGACCGCGCCACAGCUCUUGCUGCCCAGAUUUCGGCGAGGGCCAAGGGGAAGGACAUCAACAUUGUCGCACACUCCAUGGGCGGUCUCGACGCCCGCUAUCUCAUCUCAAGAAUCUGUCCUGAUGCCAGCGAUUUCCGUGUCCGCAGUCUCACGACCGUCGCCACGCCACACCGAGGCAGUGCGGCGGCAGACAUGCUCAUCCGCGACAUUGGCCCGGACUUACUUCCCCGUGUUUACAAGAUGCUCGAACGUCUGAGUAUCGAGUCCGGUGCGUUCAGUCAGUUGACGACCUCGUACGUGCAGAACCACUUCAACAACGUCGUCCCCAAUCACCCUCAAGUCCGGUACUUCUCUUACGGCGCGAGCGCGACGCCUCACUUGUUCAGCGUGUUUCGCCUCAGUCAUGAUCUCGUGCAGAUUGUCGAGGGGCCCAACGACGGCCUCGUCAGUGUGAAGUCAUCGCGCUGGGGAGAUUAUAUGGGCACGCUUGUCGGUGUGACGCAUUUGGAUUUGAUCAAUUGGACGAAUAGGAUCAAACAUGCUGCUGCGACGUUGGGGUUGAUCAAGGAGAAUUUCAAUGCUAGGGCGUUCUAUCUGGGUGUCGCGGAUAUGCUGGCUAAGGAGGGCUUUUAG